UUCUCUAAUGCAAUUAACAACUUUCUAUUAUUUCUUCCUCUUUCUCUCCUUUCCUCCCCUUUUCUCCUUCUUUGCUUCCAUGUAACAAAGAAGAAGAACAACAACAAGAAAAAAAAAGGGGAUAUAUAUUUAUAAAUUUUGUUUCUAAGACCAAAAAAAAAAUGGUGAAGUUUUCUAAGGAGUUAGAAGCACAACUUAUACCAGAAUGGAAAGAUUAUUUUGUAAAUUAUUGGCUCCUGAAAAAACAUAUCAAGAAAAUUAGACUCUCACGUAAACCAAAACAAGUAGCUCAAGUUUUCAGCAACUCUCCAGGACAAUAUUGCUCCGAUUUUGGUCACUCCGUUUUCGACCCGAUUCGAAAUUUCAUCUCCUUAAUCUCUCUUAAACUCCAUACAAGUGGUAGUUCAUGUAAUGGAGAUCACAAUGAGGUGGUGAGACAUAAAUCUACGGAAAAUCAGGACCAUGUUGAUCAAGAGGAAGCAUUACAUGAAUACAAUGAUACAGAACUUUCACAACUAUUCUCCGAAGAAGAUGAGGUAAAGUUGUUUUUUGAUAUGUUGGAUGAGGAGCUUGAAAAGGUGAACCGUUUCUACACUGCUAGAGAAGCUGAAUUCUUAGAGAGAGGAGAAGGUCUUCUUAAGCAACUACAAAUAUUACAAGAUCUUAAGCCAAUUUUAGAUCAACGUCGCAGAAAAAGUUUCUUGUCACCAAAAUCAUCUUUGCAUGGAGGAUUUAUAUCUCGCUCUAAUUCUAAUUCAACAUCAUCUCGACACUCUGACUAUUCUGAAAACAUGUCUGAAACCAAAGAGGGUACAGAUGAGUCUUCACAGACAGAUGAAGUAAUAGCAGCACUUGAAAAGAAUGGACUGAAUUUUAUUGGGGCAGCUACCCGGUCUAAGACCAAGAAAGGGAAGCCUAAGAUGGCCCUGAGGAUUGAUAUUCCGGUCACCACCCCGGCACGAACCAUCUCUGCUGUCACCUCUACAUUGUGGGAGGAUAUAGCAAACACUCCUAGUAAAAACUCCCCAAGGGAGAUGAUUAACAGGAAGAAAAUACAGUGUGCUGAGAAAAUGAUCAGAGGGGCAUUUGUGGAACUUUACAGGGGUCUUGGCCUUCUUAAAACUUACUGCACGCUGAAUAUGGUAGCAUUCACCAAGAUCCUCAAGAAAUUCGACAAGGUAGCAAAUCGACAAGCGUCUGCUAGUUAUAUGAAGACAGUGAAGGGUUCCCAUUUCAUUAGUUCUGACAAGGUGGUUAGACUAAUGGAUGAAGUGGAGUCCUUAUUCAUCAAGCACUUCGCCGACAAUGACAGGAAAAAGGCUAUGAAGUUCUUGCGUCCACAACAACAGAAGGACUCCCACAUGGUUACUUUUUUUGUUGGAUUGUUUACGGGCUGUUUUGUUACUCUUUUUGUUGUGUAUGCUAUUUUGGCACAUAUCUCCGGUAUGUUUUCACCUGGAAGCAAAGAUGAGUCUGGUUACAUGGAGACUGUCUAUCCUAUAUUUAGCACAUUUGCUCUUCUGAGCUUGCAUCUCUUUAUGUAUGGAUGCAACUUGCUCAUGUGGAAGUCCACAAGGAUCAACUAUACAUUCAUAUUUGAGUUUUCCCCAAAGACAGCCUUAAAGUACAGGGAUGCCUUCCUUAUCUGUACCUCCUUGAUGACUUCCGUGGUCGGUGCCCUGGUCAUCCACCUCAUUUUAAGGUCUAGUGGUUUCUCUGCACAACAAGUUGACAUUAUACCUGGCAUCCUUCUCCUGAUCUUUUUGGUAAUGCUUAUUUGCCCCUUGAAUGUAUUCUAUCGUUCAACUCGAUAUUCCUUCCUAAAGGUGCUACGUAACAUAGUAUUUUCUCCAUUCUAUAAGGUUUUGAUGGUAGAUUUUUUCAUGGCUGACCAGCUAACUAGCCAGAUUCCGCUACUUAGGCAUAUGGAAACCACCGCCUGCUAUUUACUUGCUGGCACUUUCAAGACACACCACUAUGAUGUCUGCAAGAAAGGAACGAUGUACAGAGAGCUUGCAUACGUCAUCUCCUUUGCACCAUAUUACUGGCGUGCUAUGCAGUGUGCCAGAAGAUGGUUUGAGGAGUCUGACCCGAAACAGUUAGCUAACUUGGGCAAGUAUGUCUCCGCCAUGGUUGCAGCUGGUGCUAGGCUUACAUAUGCCCAGCAACAGGAACCUACAGUUUUUUGCACAAUUCUAGUUGUGGUGACUUCUGCUUUAGCCACAAUAUACCAGUUAUAUUGGGAUUUCGUGCAAGAUUGGGGGUUCUUCAAUCCUACUUCCAGAAACCCCUGGCUAAGGGAUGAUCUUAUUCUGAGAAAGAAGAGUAUCUAUUACAUUUCCAUAGUUAUCAAUUUGGUCCUAAGAGUUGCUUGGGUGGAGAGCGUGAUGAGGUUUAUUAAAGUUGGAAAUAUUGAAGCCAAAUUUUUAGAUUUUACUUUGGCUUCUCUAGAAGUUUUUCGUCGAGGUCAUUGGAACUUUUAUAGAUUGGAAAAUGAGCAUCUAAACAAUGUGGGCAAGUACAGGGCAGUGAAAGCAGUUCCUCUGCCAUUCCGCGAAACUGAUUCAGAUGGCUAAGCUGUUAGCUAAGUCAAUGUAUAUAUCUUUUUGUUCUCUGAUGGUGGAAGAAUGCAAGUUUCGUUUACAUUCUCCUCAGAAAUUCAAAGAGCUGCCCUGAAUAAUCAGGUACAGGUGAAAAUCUCCCAGCUCAAUAUGUAUCUGAAGAUGCAUUCAUGCAACUUUACUUGCAAACCCCACUUCUGUAUAGAAGGUUCACCAUUGAGAUCAAUCUCUAAUGGUUGAUGUCUGCGGAAAACUUGGACAUUUUAUUCCAGUAAUAUAUAUUGACCUAAAUGUAUGUUAAUUUUUUUGUAACAAAGAACCAUCUGAUUUCUUGAAAGCAAUAAAUUUUUUGAAGCAUUUGGCUGAAUGAAACUUUGGAAUAAAUUAUUAAAAUCUA